ACGCCAUCUCUGGCAAAACUGGAAGUAGAGAGAGGAUCAGCUGCGGAUCGAUAGCCGGUAUUUCGCGAUAUCUUUUUCGUCUUUCGUCUCUGUCAACGCCGAACGCAUACAUACAUAUAUGUCGAUACUGUCUCGUCUGGUCCCACAUUUUGCGCAAUCAGUUCGUAGAAAUCAAACGAUUUUGUUCGAAAACGUGAGACACGCUACGACUAUGGCAAAAAAGUCGGCACUGCUGUUGCUCGCCGAAGGUUCCGAGGAGAUGGAAGCUGUAAUAACCACGGACGUUUUACGACGAGCCGGGAUCAACGUUACUGUCGCCGGUCUCGGCGAAGGGCCGUGCAUCAAGUGCAGUCGUGACGUGAAAAUACGUGCCGACAUGCAACUUCAGGACGCGAUUAAUCAAAAGUACGACGUUGUCGUAUUGCCCGGUGGUUUGGGUGGCUCAAAGGCCUUCAUAUCAUCUGCAGAAGUGGGAAAGUUGUUGCAACAGCAAGAAAAAGAAGGCAGAUUGAUCGCUGCUAUUUGUGCAGCACCGACUGCACUCAAGGCUCACGGUAUCGCGAAAGGGAAAAAGCUCACGUCUUAUCCUGCGAUGAAAGAUGAUUUGGUGAACGAUUACGAAUAUGUGGAGGACAAAGUUGUAGUCGACGGUAACUUGAUCACCAGCAGAGGCCCGGCAACCGCGUUUGCUUUUGGUCUAGCCAUUGCGGAGAACUUGGUUAAUAAGCAAACCGCUGAUGACGUGGCAAAAGCUAUGCUGUACAUAGCAUAAUAAAGAACAGUUCCUUCCUUACACAACA